AUGAUCCGUCAAUCCCUUCAUCUCUGCCUCACAGGUUCUCGGGCUCGGUUUGAAGACAGCGCACCCCGGAUUGUGGAGGACCCCUCGGAUUUGAUCGUCUCCAAGGGGGAGCCUGCCACCCUCAACUGCAAGGCAGAGGGCCGACCCACUCCUGGGAUCGAGUGGUACAAAGAUGGCGAACGCGUGGAGACCGACAAGGACGAUCCCCGUUCUCACCGGAUGCUCCUGCCCAGCGGCUCCCUCUUCUUCCUGCGCAUCGUGCACGGGCGGCGGAGCAAACCGGAUGAGGGCGUCUACACCUGUGUGGCCCGCAACUACCUGGGGGAGGCCAUUAGCCGCAACGCUUCGCUGGAAGUUGCCAUCCUGAGAGAUGAUUUCCGUCAGGCCCCCAGCGACGUGGUGGUGGCUGCCGGGGAGCCUGCCGUGCUGGAGUGUAUUCCUCCACGUGGUCACCCUGAGCCCACCGUGUCCUGGAAACGCAACAACGCCCGAGUCAGCACCAAGGAUGACCGCAUCUCUAUGCGUGGGGGCAAACUGAUGAUCUCUCACACCAGGAAGAGCGAUGCUGGCAUGUACGUUUGUGUGGGCACUAAUAUGGUUGGAGAGAGGGACAGCGAUCCUGCAGAGCUGGUGGUGUACGAGCGCCCGGUGCUGGUGCGACGGCCGGUGAACCAGGUGGUCAUGGAGGAAGAGACCGUCGACUUCCUGUGCGAGGUGCACGGGGAUCCGCCCCCGACUGUGCGGUGGAGGCGAGAGGAAGGAGAGCUUCCCCGCGGGAGGUUUGAAAUCCGCAACGGCAACAGCCUCCGUUUGUUCCGCGUGAAAGAGCAGGAUGAAGGGACCUAUACCUGCACAUCUGAGAACAGUGUGGGCAAGACAGAGGCCUCGGCCAUGUUGCAGGUCCACGUUCCACCCCAGAUCGCCACGAAGCCCCGAGACCAGAUCGCCACCCAGGGGAGGAGCAUCACCUUCCAAUGCGGCACCACAGGAAACCCUCCACCUGCCAUCUUCUGGCAGAAAGAGGGCAGCCAGAUGCUGCUGUUUCCCGGCCAGCCGCCGUCUCAGUCCGGCCGCUACUCCGUCUCCAUGAGCGGAGAGCUGACCAUCACCGACGUCCACCCAGAGGACUCCGGCUUCUACAUCUGUCAGGCCAUCAGCGUGGCGGGAAGCGUGCUGACCAAGGCGCUGCUGGAGGUGGAAGGAGGUCCUUCGGGUCGCGUCCCGCCUAUCAUUCGCCAGGGCCCGGCCAAUCAGACGGUGUCUCGGGGUGCGACGGCACAGCUGCAUUGCCGCGUAAUUGGAGGCACCUCAGUCAAGAUUUCUUGGGAGAAGGACGGAGACACAAUUCAAGGAAAUAAACCCCGACUGACCUUGAUGGAGAACGGCACGUUGCAAAUCACAGACGUAAAGGACACGGACUCGGGGAUGUACACGUGUGUGGUUUCCAGCACCACAGGGGAGUCGAGCUGGAGUGGGAUGUUGACUGUCAGAGACGGAGCUUCUUCGGUAUCCAGAGUUUCCGAGUUCAUCCAGCUUCCAGGACCUCCGCAGAAGCCCGUGGUGACGGAGGUGACCAAAAACACCGUCACGCUCACCUGGCAGUCCAACCCACACGAAGGCGGUGCCGCUGUCACCUCCUACAUCAUCGAGGCCUUCAGCCAGUCAGUGGGGAGCACGUGGCAAACGGUGGCGGACCACGUCAAGCACGAGAGGCACACGGUUGUCGGACUCUUCCCCAACACGGUUUAUCUCUUCAUCGUCCGAGCCGUCAACUCGUACGGCCUCAGCGACCCCAGUCCGAUCUCCGAGCCUGUCAGGACGCAGGAUGGGAGUCCCACUGAACAGGGCGUGGACCACAGACAGGUGCAGAGGGAGCUGGGCGAGGUGUCCGUCUACCUGCAGAAGCCUGUGGUUCUGUCUCCCACCAGCGCCAGGAUUUCUUGGACUGUCGCCCGUCAGUCCCGGUAUGUUCAAGGUUACCGCGUGUUUUACCGGACGAUCGGCAACUCCUGGUUGGUCCAAGAUGUGGAGGCCACGUCCGACUACAGCAGCAUCUUAGUAGAUCUGCACAGCAAUACGGAGUAUGAGGUGAAGAUACGGCCUUACUUCAAUGAGCUGCAAGGACAUGACAGCCUCAUGGUCCUGCUGCGAACCCCCGAGGAGGUUCUGAGUGCUCCUCCGCAGGCUGUUUCUGUGGUGCAGCUCACCAACAGCUCCAGCAUCAGCGUGUCCUGGGAGCCGCCGCCUCACAACACUCAGAGCGGCAUCAUCCGAGAGUACAAGGUCUGGUGUCUGGGCAGCGGCGUGGAGCAGGAGAACCAGAUCAACCGAACGGUGGACGGAGCAGUUCUGUCCAUCCUGCUGACAGGCCUGCUGCCCGACGUCCGCUACACCAUCGCGGUGGCUGCUGUCACCAGCCUGGGUGUGGGCGCUCAAAGCCCGCCUGUCAGCCUGCUUCUCACUCUGCCACUCGACAACACCUCGACGGCCGUGAAGAAAAGCAGCGACCUCAGCAUCGCCGAGCAGAUCGCAAAUGUCAUCCGCCAGCCGGCCUUCAUCGCAGGCCUGGGCGUGGCCGCCUGGUUGGUGCUGAUGGGCUUCAGCGGGUGGCUUUACUGCCGCCACCGCAGGAGGAAGCAGCUGGGACACUACACCACGUCCUUCGCUUACACGCCAGCAGUUGGAUUUGCUCACAGUGAAGGAUCGGGGAUCAUCAACGGAGGACCUGGUUUGUUGGGAUCAAAUAUGGGCAACUACCCCUGGCUGGCUGACUCCUGGCCCACUCCGAACCUCGCCCACAGCAAGGACUCAGUCAACUGCUGCUCCGGAAAACUGGACUCGGAGAGAUAUUAUAACUCUGUUGGCAUCAUCAACUACCCGAACCAGACGGAGAAGCGCAGCACGGCGUCCAACGACAGCCCCAUCUACAGCACCAUCAACACCACCGCCGAGGACGACCUGCUGGCGUAUUACGACACCUACUCCAGCACGUCCUACAACCAGGGUCCCGACCCGUAUAGCAGCAACCCGAUUCUGGCCAACAGCGGGCUAAUGGGUCUGGAGAAGGACCUGGACCAGUGGACCAUCCAGUCUGGGCACUCUGGAUCUGAGUAUGCAAAGCUCCAAUACACCAAGAAAAGCAACGACAAACUGGUAAAGCAGAGGUCUGCUGGGCCCUCGUCCAAGUCAGCUCCUCUCACCUGGGUGGAUGUUUUGUCGCUGCCUCUCCCUGCCCACAAAGACAGAUGCCGCGCCAAAGCCGACAAAGAAGAGGCACAACACAGCUCUGAGGAGGAAGAUGACGACUGGUGUCCUCCACUGCCGGCCAGAACUUACCUGAUGGACACUUCGAAGGAGGAGCUCUCCAGCCCGCCGCCCAAACAGGAGGAGCUUUCCUACACAGCCACACUGAUGUCUUACCCGCAGCGAGACGCCAACAAACCCACCGACAGUCCACGGCUGCAGCACUUUGACCUCUUGGCCCGUCACCACUCCCAGGUCUCCCAGUCCAACCCCGAUCUGUUUACCAACGCCAAGGCCCGGGACGCCAGCGAGGUGUACCACACCAGCCAGUGGGCAGACGAUUUCAAGGGGGAAAGCCUCGGCAAAGGACAAUCUGCUUCAGCUGCAGAGUCGAGCCCCACAGCUCAGACGCACAGAUCCAGGAGUAAGAAGAAAACGCCCAAGGACGGACAGAGCAGGCGAGAGCUGCACAGCGAAGCAGAACUCCCCCCUCCACCAGCUCCCCCUCCCACAGAUGACUCCCUGCAGCUCCUGGCGGAUGUUUUGAGCCGCAGCCGAACCGACGGCGAAAGAAAAGAGGGGAGCGACUCCCCAACUCUUCCUAAGAGGGGAGAACAUUUCUCACCCCAGAGGAGAGGAUCGGCAAAGUGGUUACCGCAGGAUGAGAAUGUAAUCCCGUAUGGGCAGUCGAGCUUCCUCCCCAAGGUCCAGAUGUCGGGCUACGGGUCCCUGGGUGGAGGAGGAGGCUUUCCGAGACCCUCCACUGCUGGCCGGAGGAGAGAUGAGAACCUCAUGUAGACAGAAGAUGAUUACGUGUUGAGACAUCCUCCUUUUUUCCUCCCCGAUUCUCCCGUCUUUGCGAACC